ACACAUCGGGUCACAUGACAAGGAACCGGAAGUAGGUUAACCCUAGACGUUGUGCUGGACUGGAGCGCAGAGCUGAACCCAUUCAACCUAUUUCGAAGAAAACUGGCACAAUAAACGCCUCGUUAACUCUUGGUAUACGGUACUUUUACGCGUCGAUUAAAAGCCGUAGACUCUCAUGGCUGAAGUGUGUUGAUAGCCUCUGAAGGCACUUAUCCGUGUGAAGUGGCAAUCUUUGAGAGAAUUAGCAGGUUAGCCGAGCUCCAUCAUGACAGUGGCGGUGUUUUUCGGCUGUACGUUCAUCGCUUUCGGGCCAGCAGUCGCUUUGUUCGUGUUUACGAUCGCCAGGGACCCGCUGCGGGUGAUCUUCCUCAUAGCAGGGGCUUUCUUCUGGCUGGUGUCUUUGUUGCUGUCCUCUCUUGUGUGGUUCAUCACAGUUCAGAUCAGUAACAAGAACAGUGCGGCUCAGCAGAGAGGGCUGCUCAUCUUCGGGGUUGUGCUCUCUGUGCUGCUGCAGGAGGCUUUCAGAUAUGGUUAUUAUAGACUGCUGAAGAAAGCAAAUGAAGGUCUGUUGGCGCUCAGUCAGGAGGACACCAUGCCCAUCUCCAUACGGCAGCUAGCUUAUGUGUCAGGUCUGGGCUUUGGCUUCAUGAGCGGAGCGUUCUCUGUGGUCAACAUACUCUCUGAUUCCUUGGGUCCGGGAACCAUAGGCAUCCAUGGUGACUCUCAACAUUACUUCAUAUCCUCAGCUUUUAUGACCCUGGCCAUUAUCUUGCUGCAUAUGUUCUGGGGGGUUGUUUUCUUUGAGUCAUGUGAGCGACAGAGAUGGUGGGCUCUUGGAGCGGUGGUCAUCAGUCAUCUAGUAGUGUCAUGUCUGACAUUUGUGAAUCCACACUAUCAAGGCAGUCUGGUCCCGACCUACAUCAUACUGUGUGUCAUGGCUGCCUGGGCGUUCUUGUGUGCUGGAGGAUCUUUGAGGAACCUCAAACUCUGCCUGACCUGUAAAGAUAAAGACUUCUUGCUGGCCAAUCACAGGCCAAGAUAACCCAUCAGAUACAAACAGGACUUUCUCCAAAGACCGGCUCAUUGAGCCAGGAGGCCGAUGACACGGCCAGCAGCCCUGGACUCUGGGAGGCCUAUGGUCUGGCUAGUCUGCAUAAGAAUGGAUGCUGUGUAACAGGAAUUUAAUGUCUGCAGAUCUUGCACUUUCUGUAAUUACCUCCUUUUUCGUUUUCUGUUCUGUACCUCAUGUUCUGUGUGAGAGAGACACUGAAACCAUGUCAAAGACAUUGUGUGUUUUAUACUAAAGAAUUGUCUAGAGCUGCUUUCAUAUGUGAUUUUCUUCUUAUUAACAGGUUUUAAACGAGGUCUUGUAUAGGUUUGGCCUUAAAUUGUUUACUCCCUCUGUAUUUUAUGUUUAGAUGGCCAGUUGGGCUCAAAUGAUCUGCCACUAUCCUGUCCUCGGUUUUAGAGCAGAUCUUUCAUUCUCUGAUCAAACCCUGGAGAGUAACAUUGUGUUUUAAUUCAUGUGUCUGUAAGCUUGUCUUUUAAAAGAACAUCCUCAACUCUCCCUAGGGUGACGGUAAAAAUUUCCCAGUGGAACGUAUUUAAACAGCUUGGGCUUGAUUGAUAAAUGCAGUGGGCAGUCUUCAAUAAAACCACUACUUUCUGAAUCUAUGCUACAGGAAGCUCUGGAUGAUUUUCAACACUUAGGUGACCUCUGACUCAUUAGAUAUCACUUUUAUUGGACUCGUAUGCUUUUAGUUUCCUUUGAAUUCUAAGGUGUAUGAAAUUUCAAUUCACAAUAAAGUAGCUUGAGCUCGAA